AUCCCUCCUCCCCCUCUUGCAUUUGUCUUAAUUCUUCUCAGAGACAAGAUGGCAACGCCGGCGGCGGUAAACCCUCCCGAAAUGGCAUCAGAUAUUCCUGGCUCAGUGGCCUUGCCAGUUGCACCGAUGGCAAGUGGACAAGUGAGAAUGGCAGGAUCCAUGUCCUCCAGAGGAGGAAAGCGCCGUUCUGGAAUGGAUUUCGAUGAUGAAGAUGGAGAGGGUCCCAGCAAAUUUUCAAGGGAGAAUCAUAGUGAAAUUGAAAGACGCAGGAGAAAUAAGAUGACACAGUACAUCACUGAGCUGUCUGAUAUGGUACCCACUUGCAGCGCAUUGGCUCGUAAACCUGACAAGCUGACAAUUCUUCGGAUGGCAGUUUCACACAUGAAAUCAAUGAGGGGUACUGGAAACAAAUCUACUGAUGGAGCUUAUAAGCCUUCUUUUCUUACAGAACAGGAACUGAAACAUCUUAUCCUGGAGGCUGCAGAUGGUUUCCUGUUUGUAGUUGCAGCUGAAACCGGAAGAGUAAUCUAUGUAUCAGAUUCUGUGACUCCUGUGCUGAACCAGCCACAGUCUGAAUGGUUUGGCAGCACUCUGUAUGAGCAGGUUCAUCCAGAUGAUGUGGAGAAGCUGCGGGAGCAACUAUGCACAUCUGAAAACUCUAUGACAGGACGAAUACUGGACUUGAAGACUGGAACAGUAAAGAAGGAGGGUCAGCAGUCCUCAAUGAGAAUGUGCAUGGGAUCAAGACGUUCUUUCAUUUGCCGAAUGAGGUGUGGAAAUGCUCCUCUGGAUCAUUUACCUCUGAACAGAAUAACCACCAUGAGAAAAAGAUACAGGAAUGGCCUUGGCCCAGUAAAAGAAGGCGAAGCACAGUAUGCUGUUGUCCAUUGCACUGGUUAUAUCAAGGCUUGGCCACCAGCAGGAAUGACUAUACCAGAAGAAGAUGCUGAUGUGGGACAAGGUAGUAAAUAUUGCCUCGUGGCAAUAGGCAGGCUUCAGGUAACCAGCUCUCCAGUGUGCAUGGACAUGAAUGGCAUGUCAGUCCCAACUGAGUUCUUGUCUAGGCACAACUCUGAUGGAGUCAUCACCUUCGUUGACCCCAGAUGCAUCAGUGUCAUUGGCUACCAGCCUCAGGAUCUUUUGGGGAAAGACAUUUUAGAAUUCUGCCAUCCUGAAGAUCAAAGCCAUUUGAGAGAGAGUUUCCAACAGGUUGUGAAACUGAAAGGUCAAGUCCUGUCUGUGAUGUAUCGUUUUCGUACCAAAAACCGGGAAUGGAUGUUGAUCAGAACCAGCAGCUUCACGUUUCAGAAUCCUUAUUCCGAUGAGAUUGAAUACAUCAUCUGCACCAACACUAAUGUAAAACAACUUCAGCAGCAGCAAGCAGAGCUUGAAGUACAUCAAAGAGAUGGGCUGUCAUCCUAUGACUUAUCUCAGGUGCCUGUUCCAAGUAUACCAGCCAAUGUCCAUGAGGGUGGAAAGUCUGUUGAAAAGCCAGAUACUAUUUUUUCCCAAGAGAGAGAUCCCAGAUUUGCUGAGAUGUUUGCUGGAAUAGCUGCUUCAGAUAAAAAAAUGAUGGCCUCAGCAUCCACAGCAGGAAACCAGCAGCUUUAUUCGCAAGGAAGCCCGUUUCAGCCAGGACAUUCAGGAAAGACUUUCAGUUCAUCCGUGGUACAUGUGCCCGGUGUGAACGACAUCCAGUCAUCUUCAUCAACAGGCCAGAAUCUGACACAGAUAUCUCGCCAGUUAAAUCAGAGUCAGGUUGCCUGGACAGGAAAUCGUCCACCUUUUCCAGGACAGCAAAUUCCAUCUCAGUCUGGCAAGGCUCAGUCAUCACCCUUUGGGAUUGGAACAAGUCACACUUAUCCAGCUGAUCCAUCAUCAUACAGCCCUCUUUCCAGCCCUGCCACAUCUUCUCCAAGUGGGAAUGCCUACUCUAGCUUAGCAAACCGAAGUGCAGGGUUUGCCGAAGGUGGUCAGAGCAGCGGCCAGUUCCAGGGGAGACCUUCUGAAGUCUGGUCCCAGUGGCAGAGCCAGCAUCAUAACCAGCAAAGCGGCGACCAGCAUUCACAUCCACAGCCCAGUCAAACCGAAGUGUUCCAGGACAUGCUGCCAAUGCCGGGGGAUCCAACGCAGGGUACUGGCAAUUACAACAUUGAAGAUUUUGCUGAUCUGGGCAUGUUUCCACCAUUUUCUGAGUAGCUUGUGAAGCAGAAAUGAAGUUCUUCUCCAAGGCCGUUUCAAUGUAUUUUUGGCUCUGCUUUUUCUGUGUUGCAUUUCUGUAGAAGCUACUAAAACAGAAGUCACAUUUCUCAUGUAUCAGAUAGUGAUGUAGGGCUUACUCUCUCCUCCUUGGGUUGCGUGAGUGCCAACAGAGGAGUUCCAGCACUUGUUGGUGUUCAUUGACAGCUCCUUUUUUAUUUUGUUUUAUUGUCAUCUACCUCAGAGAUGAAAAACUUUGCUUGAUUAAAAAAAAAAGUCUCUGAGUCUUAAAUAUUUGAAUGUGAAUGAUACCUAAUAUUCCUUUUGGUAAUUUUUAAGUAGAUAAAAAAAAGUAACAAAGACUAACAGAGAAAAGGUAAGGUAAUGUCUUGUUACAGUGCCUACCAUUCAAUUCCGAUGCCUUGCUUUAAACUUAAGUUUCUGGAAGCAGACACAAUAUGCUGUUUUCUUUUAUUCUUGUAGUUUUUAGGUCUGUUUAAAUGUGAGAUUAAACAAUAUAACAUAGGCCUCUGACCAGAAUAUUCAGCUCCACCUUUUCUAACUUAAACUUGAAUGUGUGUACAUUUUGGUACUUUAUGUAUAUCUUGUGCUGUAUGAAGUGAUUUCCCAUACUGGUUUCUUUUGCCUUUAAAAGGGGUCCAUUCUGGAGCAUACUGAAAAGAUUGGCAGUAUAUGUGGAGAAUUUAGAAGCUGGAGGAUUCUUGAUCACUUCACAUAGGUCUUACUUUUAAUUCAGGUUGUUCUCUAUUAAGAACAAACAUUUACUUACAUAAGCUAUUAGUCUGUUUUUGCACUGAACUGAGGCCUGUAAUUCUAUAAAUUUCUCACUAGCUGAUUUAAUUUAUAUUGUUCUUGCUUUCCCAAAAUGAUUGCCUCAUAAAAAUGACUAUAAACACAUCC